AACAGAUUGUAGGCCUGCCUUGUUGGAUUUGUGUUGGAAUAGAUGAUGGCUCUGCACACUUUAGUUCCUGUUAUAUCCCUCGGUUUACUUCUCAUAUGGAAACCCGUCCAUUCUUUGGAUCGAAAUGGAGAAAACGUUUGCUCAACAAUAAAAAGUGCAUCUGAAAGAUACUUGGCUCAGACUUCUUACCAGUCAAGUUACACGUCUUCUUGUGGCUUCCUUUGGCUAAAUAGAUGUCGCCGCUACAGAACGAAAUAUCGCAAUGUUGUUAGAUAUCGAACAGUUUACAGUACAGAUUAUGUUUGUUGCGACGGUUAUGCAGCGCCCCGUGGCAGCAAUGAAUGUAGUGAACCUAUAUGUGCGCCCGCAUGUAUAAACGGAAGAUGUGAAGGCCCCAAUCUGUGCGUAUGUGACGAGCAGUUCCAUGGACCAACAUGCGAAUAUAAUUGCGAUUUAGAGAUUGAUAACUGUGAAACCGUAGAUUGUACGAACGUUAUGGAUUCCGUGUGCAUAAAAUGUCUUUACGACAUCAGUGACGAAAUAAAGGCAUAUGAUUUAGUAGACGGCGUGUGCAAACAACGUUGUUCGUGGCGGAGUGAUAGUAAGUCUUGCUAUCCUGGUACAUGUACCUCUCCCCAAGGAGUUCCCAGUUGUGCAUGUGCCAAUGGUUUUCAAUCGGAUCCUAACUGCAUGAGAAUUACUGAGGCGCCAACGGUAUCGCACUGCUCAGUAUUACUACAAAAUGACGACGUAUCCAAUGGAAUAUCUACAAGUGAUUUUUCUUGCCAAGAUUCACAGGAAUCACCUAGUCCUAUCUAUUCAUCCUUACGAGGAAAUGGCUUAGCUGUGAAUUGGCAGACACGUUUUACUGGUCCAUCGUCUGCUACAUAUCCAUUUCCUUAUUAUGUCAACGAUUUUAGAGUGGGCGUGAUUUCAGCAGCGGUCAAUUGGAGAAUUUUAAGAGGUGAAAAAACGAAAUAUCGCAAUGUUGUUAGAUAUCGAACAGUUUACAGUACAGAUUAUGUUUGUUGCGACGGUUAUGCAGCGCCCCAUGGCAGCAAUGAAUGUAGUGAACCUAUAUGUGCGCCCGCAUGUAUAAACGGAAGAUGUGAAGGCCCCAAUCUGUGCGUAUGUGACGAGCAGUUCCAUGGACCAACAUGCGAAUAUAAUUGCGAUUCAGAGAUUGAUAACUGUGAAACCGUAGAUUGUACGAACAAUAUGGAUUCCGUGUGCAUAAAAUGUCUUUACGACAUCAGUGACGAAAUAAAGGCGUAUGAUUUAGUAGACGACGUGUGCAAACAACGUUGUUCGUGGCGGAGUGAUAGUAAGUCUUGCUAUCCUGGUUCAUGUACCUCUCCCCAAGGAGUUCCCAGUUGUGCAUGUGCCAAUGGUUUUCAAUCGGAUCCCAACUGCAUGAGAAUUACUGAGGCGCCAAUGGUAUCGCACUGCUCAGUAUUACUACAAAAUGACGACGUAUCCAAUGGAAUAUCUACAAGUGAUUUUUCUUGCCAGGAUUCACAGGAAUCACCUAGUCCUAUCUAUUCAUCCUUACGAGGAAAUGGCUUAGCUGUGAAUUGGCAGACACGUUUUACUGGUCCAUCGUCUGCUACAUAUCCAUUUCCUUAUUAUGUCAACGAUUUUAGAGUGGGCGUGAUUUCAGCAGCGGUCAAUUGGAGAAUUUUAAGAGGUGGUAUUGCAGUAGCUAAUGGCAGCAUUGAUUGUAAAUUGAACCACGAUAAAGAUGACCCGAAUUUGAGCUCACACUCUUGUACACGAUAUGGACAAUUAACUGAACCUCUUCAACACAGUGACAAGUAA